UCAUCUUUGGCCGGAAAGCCUGAAUUCCUCAAAAGGCGCUGCCGCCAUGACGACGGAGCCGAGACGACUGAGAGGGCACAAAGCGGCGGCGACUUGCUGUAUCGCUUCUCGCCCCCGUCCAGGUCUCGUCGCCACAGCCGCGGAGGAUGGAUGCGUUUGCUGGUAUGAUUUACGGUGCAAAGACGUGUUGUUUAGUAUGGAUGUGGGGAAUGGAAACCCUGUUUCCUCUUUAUGUUUUAAGCCAGGAGAUGAAGAUAUCAUAUAUGUGUCUGCAGGAAAUGAAGUCAAAUGCUUUGAUUUGCAUAUGACAGAUUCAUGGAAGCAACUACAAAGUUAUAGCUACAACAAGGAUGAGAUAAAUCAGAUUGCUUGCCACCCCAAAUCCUCUUUUUUAGCUGCUGCAGAUGAUGCUGGAGAUAUAAAGAUCAUUGAUGUCCACCAACGAGGUCUAUACAAAACGUUAAGAGCUGGUCACGACAGUAUCUGCAGCAGCGUUCAAUUUCUUCCAUGGAGAUCUUGGGAAGUCAUCACCGGAGGUCUUGACUCAAAACUUGUGAUGUGGGACUUCUCGAAAGGACGCCCAAAGACGAUUAUGGACUUUGGCAUUGGAGGUGAUGCGGGACAGUUCUGUAACCCAGCUUUCGUCCAUGCUGUAAUAGUGCCUGACCUUGAUAUUGUGGAUAAAGUUGGAAAGAUCUGUGUUACAGCUAGGGGCGAUGGUGUUAUCAAUAUAACUAACCUCGAACCUGAAAUCGCUGCUCUCAAAUCCAAAAUAUCGACUAAGCACAAAAUGGGUACUAAUUCGAAAUUACCAAAAGAUAAUGAGUCCUUGAGUGCAGAUGAAAAGGAUGGAAACUUUCAGUUGGACUACACGAUGGGUGGACACACUAGUGCAGUAUCUUCCGUAACUUUUUCGAUGUUUGGAGAGAAGGGGAAGUUUAUCAUCUCUGGCGGGAAUGAUAAAUCAGUGAAGGUGUGGGAUUGGUUCAAAUGUUCCGAUGCAGGUAGAGCUACUAGCAAUGUUGGUGAUCAUCCUCCAUGUUCUAACAUUAGUCUGAGCAAAAAGGUCAAUUGGCUGUGCACAACUCCAUCUGAUUCGGAGAACCUAGUUGUCUGCGACACAUCCAAAAUCGUAAAGGUUUACACUGUUGGAGAAGUAGAGAUGAUGGAGUCUGGGGUUCCCGUAUGCAACACGUGCGGCGAACAAGUGGGGUUAAAUGCCGACGGUCAAUUGUUUGUGUCGUGUCGUCAUUGUAACCAUCCCGUAUGCCACCAUUGUUUCGACUACGAAAUCAAGCAAGGGCGGAGUUCUUGCGUCCACUGUGGCAUUCCUUACAGUGAUGGUGUGUGUGUUCUCUUUUCACCUUUUCUUUUUCUUAUAACAAAUCAUGUUUUUGCACUGAACGUGAUAUAAUGGGUUAUGUAUUUUAGAACAGACGAGGCGGCAGUGGCUGAAGUUGAAGCAGCAUCUGGAAAUCAUAUGCCACUGGCUGUGUCGAAUCUAAAUCCUGCUCAGGAUGCUGGAAUUCAUGCUAGAAAUUUUAGUACUGUUUCCACAGUGGACAGUGAAUACAACGGCGAUUCGGGAAAUCCGAUAUGGAAGAACAGGGUGGAAAGUUGGAAAGACAAGAAAAAUAAGAAGAAGAAGCCUGCAACAAAAGAUAAAAAAGAAGCCGCGGAGAUUCCGCCCGAGCAGCAGAUGGAGGAAAAAUCACAAUCAGGGGAAGCUGCAAAGCCACUUUCAAGAGUAGUUCCUCUACCGAAGUCUCAGCUGGCACCGUACAGAACCGUGAUCAUUAUGCGACUGAUUAUUCUGAUUCUUUUCUUCCAUUACCGUGUAACGCACCCCGUCGACAGUGCCUUUGGUCUCUGGCUCACUUCCGUUAUUUGUGAGAUCUGGUUCGCGUUUUCGUGGGUGCUGGAUCAGUUCCCUAAGUGGUCUCCUAUAAACAGGGAGACGUACAUAGACAGGUUAUCUGCCAGGUACGAACGCGAGGGGGAACCGUCUGAGCUUGCUGCUGUGGAUUUUUUUGUCAGUACAGUUGAUCCACUGAAAGAGCCUCCUUUGAUAACUGCAAAUACCGUACUGUCGAUCCUGGCGGUGGAUUAUCCGGUUGAUAAAGUGUCUUGUUACGUAUCUGAUGAUGGUGCAGCUAUGCUUAGUUUCGAAUCUCUCGUCGAAACUGCUGACUUUGCAAGAAAAUGGGUUCCUUUCUGUAAGAAAUUCUCCAUUGAGCCACGCGCACCUGAGUUUUACUUCUCGCAGAAGAUUGAUUACUUGAAGGAUAAAGUACAGCCUUCUUUUGUCAAGGAACGUAGAGCAAUGAAAAGGGACUAUGAAGAGUAUAAAGUUCGGGUGAAUGCUUUGGUAGCAAAGGCCCAGAAAACACCAGACGAAGGCUGGACCAUGGAAGACGGAACCCCUUGGCCUGGAAAUAAUUCACGCGAUCAUCCUGGCAUGAUUCAGGUGUUUCUAGGCAAUACCGGUGCACGCGAUAUAGAAGGCAACGAGAUUCCUAGGCUGGUUUACGUCUCGAGAGAGAAGAGGCCUGGGUAUCAACAUCAUAAGAAGGCUGGUGCCGAAAAUGCUCUUGUAAGAGUAUCUGCAGUUCUUACGAAUGCCCCAUUUAUACUCAACCUCGAUUGUGACCACUACGUGAACAACAGCAAGGCGAUUCGCGAGGCAAUGUGUUUCCUGAUGGAUCCUCAAGUUGGGCCCGAUGUAUGCUACGUGCAGUUCCCUCAGAGGUUUGAUGGCAUCGAUAAGAGCGACCGAUAUGCCAACCGCAACACAGUUUUCUUCGAUGUCAACAUGAAAGGCUUGGACGGCAUUCAAGGGCCCGUUUAUGUCGGAACAGGAUGCGUUUUUAACAGACAAGCGCUUUACGGCUAUGGUCCUUCUUCUAUUCCCACUCUACCCAAGACUUCGUCGUCUUGCUCGUGGUGUGGCAGCUGCUGCUGUUGCUGCCGUGGCAAAAAACCCGCAAAGGAGAAAGAUCUCUCGGAGCUUUACCGUGAUGCAAAAAGGGAAGACCUUAAUGCUGCCAUUUUUAACCUUCGGGAGAUCGACAGUUAUGAUGAGCAUGAAAGGUCACUACUCAUCUCACAAAUGAGCUUCGAGAAAACGUUUGGCUUAUCCACCGUCUUUAUCGAGUCAACAAUGAUGGAAAACGGAGGAGUAGCCGAAUCAGCCAAUCCAUCAACGCUUAUAAAAGAAGCAAUCCACGUCAUCAGCUGCGGGUACGAAGAAAAAACUGCAUGGGGCAAAGAGAUUGGUUGGAUAUACGGCUCGGUAACAGAGGAUAUAUUAACGGGCUUCAAAAUGCACUGCCGUGGAUGGAGAUCGAUCUACUGCAUGCCUUUGAGGCCCGCAUUUAAAGGAUCGGCCCCCAUCAACUUGUCUGAUAGGCUGCACCAGGUGCUGAGAUGGGCUUUGGGUUCGAUCGAGAUUUUCUUGAGUAGACACUGUCCUCUUUGGUAUGGAUUCGGAGGCGGUCGACUCAAAUGGCUUCAAAGAAUGGCUUACAUCAACACUAUUGUCUACCCUUUCACUUCUCUCCCGUUGAUCGCCUAUUGCUUGCUCCCUGCUAUUUGCCUUCUAACUGGGAAGUUCAUCAUACCAACGCUAUCGAACCUUGCGAGCGUUCUGUUUCUCGGGCUCUUCCUCUCGAUCAUAGCAACGAGCGUGCUCGAGCUGAGGUGGAGCGGUGUGAGCAUCGAGGCCAUAUGGAGGAACGAGCAGUUCUGGGUGAUAGGAGGCGUAUCCGCGCAUCUAUUUGCCGUUUUCCAAGGCUUCUUGAAAAUGCUCGCAGGCGUGGACACUAACUUCACCGUCACUACAAAAGCAGGGGAGGACGCAGACUUCGACGAGCUCUACGUCAUAAAAUGGACGACUGUUUUGAUUCCUCCGACAACUAUACUUGUAGUGAACUUGGUUGGAGUUGUUGCCGGUUUUUCGGAUGCACUCAACAACGGGUACGAAGCGUGGGGCCCGUUGUUUGGUAAGGUUUUCUUUGCCUUUUGGGUGAUUCUGCAUUUGUACCCAUUUUUGAAGGGUCUAAUGGGGCGGCAAAAUCGGACACCUACGAUCGUUGUAUUGUGGUCUGUGCUAUUGGCGUCGGUUUUCUCUCUUGUGUGGGUGAAGAUCGAUCCUUUCGUCUCCAAAAACGAUGCUUCCAUUGUUGCUCAGAGCUGCAUUGCCAUUGAUUGUUAGAUUGAUGAAAAUCUUACGUUGGAUUUUUAAGUGUGCUACAAUAAUGCAUGAUUUUUUUCUUUUUUAUUUUACCAAUUUUGCCCU